UCGCUGUGAGGAGCUUUCACACAAAAUUUGAUUGGUGGUUUUUCUCUCAGCUGAGAACCACGCGACAAAGGAUCUAACUGCAAUACAGUGUGUAGUUGCUAUUCAGCAAUCAUGGCAGCAGAACACCCUUAUUUCCCGAAAGACUUGAAAUUACCUCACUAUCGUCCAAACGACAAAGGCGUCGUUGAAAUCCUGUCAGUAUUCUUCGGUGUUGUCGGAGUGUUCGUUGUGUUGACAUGGGUUUAUUCAGGAACGACGAAAAACCCGAGAUUUACAAUCACACAGCGUGUAGUAUUAUGCUGGUUUAUGAUGUGCGGUCUAAUCCACACUUUCCUGGAAGGAUACUUCGGUGUAUUCCAUGACGUUCUUGCUGGCGAUAUGUCUUUCCUCGGUCAAGUAUGGAAAGAGUACAGCAUGGGUGACAGUCGGUAUAUGAGUUCUGAUGCAUUCGUGGUAAGCAUGGAAAGAAUCACUGCCUUUGUUGACGGACCUCUGAGUUUCUUGACGUUGCUGCUCUACUUCCGGAACAGCCCCUACCGCUACGUCAUCCAGCUCAUAGUCUCCCUCUGCCAGCUGUACGGCGACACUCUCUACUUCAUGACGGAAAUAUUCGAAGACUUCUCCCACGGCUACAUGUACCACCCGCAGUAUUUCUGGUUCUAUUUUGUGACAAUGAAUAUGUUCUGGAUUGUCAUACCCUCGUGUCUAAUUAUCCAGUCCUGCUACAAACUUGCCAAGUCCCAAGCUCAGGUUGAUAAACUGAAAGCCAGUGAAUACAAGGCUGCAAUGGCAAGACAUGACAAGAAGAAGAAGCGUUAAUGUUAAUGAAUAUAGGUUGUUUGUAUGUAUGCAGGGGUUUAACUCAGGCAUCUCAGGGUUACUGGACUUGGACAAGGCAGCGUUUUCUCUAUCGUAAAGCUUAUCUAUAUAUGUGUAUGUGUCCAAAAAGUAACAAUUAUAUUCGCGCAGCAUGGGGCUGGAUUGAGGCCAUUUUGUUGAGAACUAGUCCCCCUUGCAAAAAUUAUUGUGACUUUGAGAACCAUUUCCAACUUAAAGAUUGACCCAUUCAACAUAUGUGGUAACUAAUGUCCACCUAAUAUGCACAUACAUAGAUACUGGGUCAUUAAUAUUUUCGUUUAUGAAUGGAAAGUUGUCACUGUCAUGAGAACUUGUUUCUGUGUGAUCAUGUAAUUUUACUUCUCUAACUUAAUGUUUGUCCAAUCCCAGGGGAAGCAUUCUUGUUGAUUAGUAUUAAGCAUAAAUGUUAAUACAUGAUUUUUUAAACCUUAAACAAUCAAAGGAUGAAGCA